AUGAUGGCCAUCAUCGGGGUGUUCCUCCAGGACGGCCUCACGGGCUCCGCCUGGGGCGACUGGGCGACCUACACGGAUUCGCCGCUGCGCGCCUUCGAGAGCGAGUGGGACCUGCAGGCGCCCGUAGGCUACUGGGACCCGCUCGGCCUUGCGAAGGACGUCGGUGCGGACGUCCUCUACAGAAGGAGGUGCACCGAGGUCAAGCACGGCCGCGUCGCCAUGUGGGCCGCCAUAGGGUUCAUCGUGCAGGAUGUCUUCCUGUGGCCGGGAGGUGUCGUCCUCGAGGGGCCUGCCUUUGCGAGUCUUCCGAAUGGCCUGAGCGCUCCAGUCAAGGUGUCUGGUGCCGACUGGGGUCAAGUGUUCCUGUUCUACGGCUCCCUCGAGCUUCACGCGGCCAGACAGGUCCCCACGGAUCCUCCGGACAAGCUCAGCAGAACCGAGGCGGGCUUCGGAAAGUCGUACUUCGGGGCCCUCGGCGGGUGCAAGGGGGACGGCAUCGAGGACCCUGAGAAGAACAAGCGGUCCCUGAGCGCGGAGCUGGCCGAAGGCCGCCUGGCCAUGACGACCAUCAUCGGGAUGCUCUUCCAAGACAACCUCACGGGCUCCGCCUGGGGCGACUGGGCGACCUACACGGAUUCGCCGCUGCGCGCCCUCGAGAGCGAGGUGUGCGUGCAGGCGCCCGUCGGCUACUGGGACCCGCUCGGCCUCGCUGAGGUCCACGUUCACGACCACGUCGACGACGACCACGACCACGACGGCUACGAAGACGACCACGACCUCGACCGCGGCGACGACCACGACCACGUCCACGAUGACGACGACCACGACCUCCACGGACGCCGUCGCCUCGACGACGACGACGACGACCACCACGACCACGAGCACGACCACGACGUCGACCACGACGACGACCACCAAACGACAGACGACCAUCCCGGGGAUACUGCCACGCACAACGACACAUCGGAGCAUAGCCGCAGCAGCAGCGGCAGCGUGCCGCCCCCCGUCGCGUCGACAGACGAAGACGUCCCAGAGGGGAAUCGAGAGGCGGUAGAGGUCACGAUACCACCCCCCGCAUCGUGGUCGAACGACGGCGUCCCAGUGGGGAAUCGAGAGGAGGUAGCCUGCAGUGACCAGGGUACUGCUCAUACGAACGACCCCCCCCCCCUCCAGCUGUACCAGCAGCCCACAGGAAAGGAGCGGGAUGUCACGGCGGAGGCGGCGGAUGCUGCGGAAGCCGCGGAGUACCCCCCACAGGACAGUCAGUCCGAGGGUUUGCCCGACGAAAGGCGAGCCGAACCCAUCGAAGGAGGCAACACUGUUCCCCCGCCAAGUACACAGGCGAACAGAUCCCCCCCAGCGGCAUGGAAGAGGAAACUCCCUGAACCACCUACGCCCAGAGGGCUGGUGGGAUAA